CGCCAUCGCCAUCGCCAUCGCCAGAAUAUGUGAAGAUGCCUCUGACCGCGCUACGUAAAGUAGCGAAGCCUCAAAAUGGUGUAGGCGCAUUCAUCCUCCAAUGCAAACGCCUCGAUUUCCACUACUGCGACUGGGCCGGCAGCAGUCGAGGCAUGAACGCCUUCAUCAAGUACCGUCUCGCCAACUUCGCAAAAGAAAACCCUCAGAUUGAAAUCACAGUUUCUCCUCGGCCCCGACGGCAUCCAGUUGUGACCGGUACCUAUAUCAACGGCAGGAUCAAGCCAGUGUGCGUGCGGAAUAUGGAAGUCACGGAAAUCUUGCAGAAAGUAAUGCUGCUGAGAAAUGCGAACGGCGAGAAGCUCAAGCGUGUGACGAGGCCGGUGAAGAGCUUGAACGAAAGUGUGAGAGGCGUUUGGAGUCCACACCAUACGGCAGAGUCGUACAAGAUAUGAGCUUCGGGAUGUCGUGGCAUGGGAACGCGUAGGAGAUUGGAUUGGACCUCGAGGGACACAUUGAAAGAUACGUAUGGUAGCCCGCCCCCAGUGGAAUCCGAAAAUCCAUCGGGGCAGCGUGCACGAUACAGCCUGGGGAUGAGGAAUAAUGGCACUACCGCCGCGUCGCCAGGCCACUGUCGUAGGAAGAUGUCGAGCUCGACAAUGCGGCAAGGUUGAAGCAGUGCACGAUUUCGUCGAGACGGCGCAGCAAAAUCCUUAAAACUUACGAUCAGAGCGAAUAGUCGAAAUUGCGUGAGCAGAUUACUCGAUAGGGAUCGAGAUGAAUGGGCGCUUUGCGACACAAUACAUGUAUGAUGCUACGAUUG